AUGAGUGAAGAAGGCGAGAAAGAAGGAAGCGGUGACAAGAGGAAGCGCUUGCCCGGAAACGAACAAACAACAGAAGCAACGAAAGAUGACAAUGUGAAGCAGACAUCGGCUGACGGCAGGGACGUAAUAACUUAUGAAGAUAUCCUGGAAGCAAUGCAAGCACUGGGCUUCGACAACUACGUCGAACCGCUGAGCACAUACAUGAAAAAAUAUCGUGAAGCAUUUCCGGGCAAAAACAAAUCUCUUAAGCUAGCGAAUUUCGUUCCGCACCUCCACAAUCCAAAUGUAAACGACUCUAGUGGAUCUACCAACCAGAAUAGUAAUUUUGCGCGAAAGUUAGUUCCUCUUGCGCCAAAAACUACCGCACUGGCUGGUGACACAGAUUUGAGCAAUUCAGUGCCGGAAAAACCACAGAAUGUACAUUUUAUGGAUACAACAACAGGAGAACACUCGUCUCAGCUGCCGAGUCCUGGUGAAACUUCGCAACUCAUUCCUAUUCGGCCAUCCACAUUGAUAGAUUCCAUUACCAAUGGGCAGGAUCAAGAAGCGGGUGAAUUUACCAGCCAAAAUGGUGACUGUGCUCCAGAUUCAAGCCCUCUUGCACCAAGAACUACCGCACUGGCUGGUGAUACAAACUUGAGCAGUUCAGUGCCGGGAGUACCACAAAACGUACAUUUUGUGGAUACAACAACAGGACAACUCUCUUCCCAGAUGCCGAGUCCUGGUGAAACUUCGCAACUCAUUCCUACUCGACCAUCCACAGUGAUAGAUUCCAUUACCAAUGGGCAGAACCAAGAAGCGGGUGAAUCUACAAGCCAGAAUGGUGAUUGUGCGCCAAGUUCAAGUCCUCUUGCACCACAAACUACCGCACUGACUGGUGAUACAAACUUGAGCAGUUCAAUGCCGGGAGUACCACAGAAUGUACAUUUUGUGGAUACAACAACAGGACAACUCUCGUCCCAGAUGCCGAGUCCUGGUGAAACUUCGCAACUCAUUCCUAUUCGGCCAUCCACAGUGAUAGAUUCCAUU